AUGUUGGGCAACGUCAAGAUUAUUAAGUUAACAAAGCUAACAAAGUGCCCGAUCAAGCGUCACCAUGAGGCAUUAUUUGGCGGAUUGCAGGAGCUUACAUCGGAGAUUUACGAAUCUCCUCCUCCACCCACACGCCAUCCCGGAUCGAGACCACCAAUGGUCUGGCGACAACCAGUUUCCCAAUGGUUCCCUCAAUUCAAGUCUCAAACAGCUUACGAAGCGGCUAAUCAGCAGCAGCAGCAGCAGCAGCAGCGACAGCAUCGGGUCCAAGCUGCUGUGUGUAGGGGUGUUUCGCCAGGCAUCUUGUCGUCCGUUGGAGCAGGAGCAAUGUCACCGAAGUCACGGCAGUCACCAUUGCCAGUUGUGCAUGAUCAAACACCAAUGGCUUUGGGCAGUGGAAUGUUGCCGAGUCAGCAGCUAACGACGAUGCUUCGGCAGGGUAAGCUGUUUCCUACUGUGAGUGUUGCUCGCGAAGCGGUUCGCUUCACUGUGAACAAGCCAUUUUAUUGUUAG